AUGUCUCCACUUCUGAGAAGCAUCUUCAAUAUCACUGAAAUGUUCAAUCAAUAUGCCUCACAUGAUUGUGAUGGGGCAGCACUAAGCAAGAAAGACCUGAAGAACCUCCUUGAAAGGGAAUUUGGAGAUGUCCUUCGGAGACCACAUGAUCCUGAGACAGUAGAUCUGAUCCUGGAACUUCUGGAUCGCGACUGUAACGGGCUUGUCGAUUUCAAUGAAUUCCUGCUGUUCGUUUUCAAGGUGGCUCAAGCUUGUUAUUACGCUCUCAGCCAGGCUUCCGGGCUAGAUGAGAAGGGGGCCAAGUGUGAGGGAAAGGAGAACCCAUUACAAGAUGCCAGGCAAGAAGACCAAAGGAGAUCUGGGUCCCAGGACAGACAAUUGGAAGAACGCAGGCAGAAGAGGCAAGAACUGGAGAGGGAGCUCGCUGAGGAAGAGAAGCAGCGGCCACAGAGGCGAGAACGGGAAGAGCGCCUGGAGGAGGAAGAGCGAGAGAGGCGGGAGCAGCGCCAGCUCCAGGAGGAAGAGCAGCUGCAAAGGCUAGAGCGCCAAGAGCAACGAGAGCGGGAGCUCCAGGAAGAGGAGCAGUUGCAAAGGCAAGGGCGUGAGCUGCAGGAGCUGAGGCUUGAGCAGGAGGAGAGACGCAAGCAAGAACUGAGGCGCGAGGGGCAGCCGUUGGAGCAGGAGCUGAGGCGCGAGCAGCAGCUGAGGCGUGAGCAGGAGAGACUGAGGCGCGAGGAGCAGCGCUUGGAGCAAGAGCUGAGACGCGAGCAGCAGUUGAGGCGCGAGGAUCAGCGCUUGGAGCAAGAGCUGAGGAGCGAGCAGGAAGAGAGACUCGAGCAGCAGCUGAGGCGCGAGCAGGAGGAGAGACGCGAGCAGCUGAGGGGCGAGGAGCAGCGCUUGGAGCAAGAGCCGAGGUGCGAGCAGGAAGAGAGACUCGAGCAGCAGCUGAGGCGCGAGCAGCUGAGGCGCGAGGAGCAGCGCUUGGAGCAAGAGCGAAGGCGCGAGCAGGAGGAGAGACUCGAGCAGCAGCUGAGGCGCGAGGAGCAGCGCUUGGAGCAAGAGCUGAGACGCGAGCAGGAGCAGAGACUCGAGCAGCAGCUGAGGCGCGAGCGCGAGGAGCAGCGCUUGGAGCAAGAGCUGAGGCGCGAGCAGGAAGAGAGACGCGAGCAGCAGCUGAGGCGCGAGCAGCUGAGGGGCGAGGAGCCCUGCUUGGAACAGGAGAGGCGGAAAGAGCAGCUGAGGCGCGAGGAGCAGCGCUUGGAGCAAGAGCUGAGGCGCGAGCAGGAAGAGAGACGCGAGCAGCAGCUGAGGCGCGAGCAGCUGAGGGGCGAGGAGCCCCGCUUGGAACAGGAGAGGCGGAAAGAGCAGCUCAGGCGCUUGGAGCAAGAGCGGAGACGCGAGCAGGAGCAGAGACUCGAGCAGCAGCUGAGGCGCGAGGAGCAGCGCUUGGAGCAGGAGCAGAGACUCGAGGAGCAGCUGAGGCGCGAGCAGCAGGAGAGACGCGAGCAGCUGAGGGGCGAGGAGCAGCAGCGGAGGCGCGAGCAGGAGCAGAGACGCGAGCAGCAGCUGAGGCGCGAGCAGCUGAGGGGCGAGGAGCCCCGCUUGGAACAGGAAAGGCGGAAAGAGCAGCUCAGGCGCUUGGAGCAAGAGCGGAGACGCGAGCAGGAGCAGAGACUCGAGCAGCAGCUGAGGCGCGAGCAGGAGGAGAGACGCGAGCAGCUGAGGAGCGAGGAGCAGCGUUUGGAGCAAGAGCUGAGGCGCGAGCAGCAGCUGAGGCGCGAGGAGCAGCGCUUGGAGCAAGAGCGGAGGCGCGAGCAGCAGGGGAGACGCGAGCAGCUGAGGGGCGAGGAGCCCCGCUUGGAACAGGAGAGACGGAAAGAGCAGCUGAGGCGCGAGGAGCAGCGCUUGGAGCAAGAGCUGAGGCGCGAGCAGCAGUUGAGGCGCGAGGAUCAGCGCUUGGAGCAAGAGCUGAGGAGCGAGCAGGAAGAGAGACUCGAGCAGCAGCUCGGACGCGAGGAGGAGCAGCGUUUGGAGCAAGAGCUGAGGCGCGAGCAGCAGCUGAGGCGCGAGGAGCAGCUGAGGCGCGAGCAGCAGGAGAGACGCGAGCAGCUGAGGGGCGAGGAGCCCCGCUUGGAACAGGAGAGACGGAAAGAGCAGCUGAGGCGCGAGGAGCAGCGCUUGGAGCAAGAGCUGAGGCGCGAGCAGCAGUUGAGGCGCGAGGAUCAGCGCUUGGAGCAAGAGCUGAGGAGCGAGCAGGAAGAGAGACUCGAGCAGCAGCUCAGACGCGAGCGGAAGGAGCAGCUCAGGCGCGAGGAGCAGCUGGCUGAGGAGGUGGAACAGGAAGAGGCCCGUGAUAGGGGCAAGAGCCGCACCCCAAGGUGGCAGUGGCAGCUCGAAAAUGAGGCGGAAGCUCGUCAAAGCAAAGUCUACUCCAGGCCCCAAAGGCAGGAGCUGAGGCACUGCCAGGAGCAGGAGGAGGAGAAGAGGCGGCGCCAGGAGGGCGAGCGGCAACUCCGGGAACAGGAGCAGGCACGCCUGCAGAGGGAGGAGGAAGAGCAGCGCCGCGACUUCAAACGGCAGUGGCAGGCGGAGGAAGAGAGCGAGAGGCGCCGCCAGAGGCUGUCGGCCAGGCCCGCGUUGCAGGAGCUGCGGGAGAGGCAGCUAAGAGCGGAGGAGCGGCAGGAGCGGGAACUGUUCGGUGAGGAGGAGCAGCAGCGCCGCCAGCAACUCGAGAGGGGGCAGGAGCAGCAGAUCCGUGAAGAGAGGCAGCUCCAGUUGGAGAGCUUCCAAGAGGAUCGCGAGAGGAAGCUACUCCAGGAAGAGAAGCGCCGCGACCAAAAAUGGAGGUGGCAACCAGAGGAGGAAAGCCAGAGACGCCGCCACAUAGUGUACGCCAAGCCAGCUGAACGAGAGCAGCUGGGGGAAGAAGAGCAGCUGCAGAGAGAGGAACGCGAGAAGAGGCGGCGCCAGGAGCGGGAGAGACAAUAUCGCGAGGAAGAGCAGCUGCAGCGGGAGGAAGAGCAGCUGCAGCGGGAGGAAGAGCAGCUGCAGAAAGAGGAACGCGAGAAGAGGCGGCGCCAGGAGCGGGAGAGACAAUAUCGCGAGGAAGAGCAGCUGCAGCGGGAGGAAGAGCAGCUGCAGAAAGAGGAACGCGAGAAGAGGCGGCGCCAGGAUUGGGAGAGACAAUAUCGCGAGGAAGAGCAGCUGCAGCGGGAGGAAGAGCAGCUGCAGAAAGAGGAACGCGAGAAGAGGCGGCGCCAGGAGCGGGAGAGACAAUAUCGCGAGGAAGAGCAGCUGCAGCGGGAGGAAGAGCAGCUGCAGCGGGAGAGGAGGCGCGAGCAGUGCGACAAGCAAUAUCUGGAGGAGGAAGAGCUGCAGCGCCUGGACAGGAAGCGGCAAUUCCACGAUGAGGAUCAGCGCCGUGAUCUGAAAUGGCAGUGGCAACCAGAAAAAGAAAAUGAAGUUCGUAAUCACAGGGUUUACUCCAAACGCAGAGAGAAUGAAGGAAAGAUCCGGCAAUUGGAAGAUUCCCAGGUUGGAGAGAGACCAUUCCAGCAGGAUCGGUGGCCCCUACAGGAUGAACAGAAAGAAGAGAGAGCGCGAGAAAAAGAAAGGACCUGGCAGCAGCGCGACAGGCAAUUCCCAGCUGAAGAACUGCUGAAGCGAGAGGAGCAAAAGGAAGCCAACAGGCGGGACAGGAAGUUCCGCGAGGAAGAACAGCUCCUGCAGGAAAGGGAAGAACAGCUGCGCCGCAGGGAACGUGAGCAACAGCUUCGCCAGGAGCGCGACAGGAAAUUCCGCGAGGAGGAGCAGCUCCUGCAGGAAAGGGAAGAACAGCUGCGCCGCCAAGAGCGUGACAGAAAGUUCCGCGAGGAAGAACAGCUCCUGCAGGAAAGGGAACAGCUGUGCCGCAGGGAACGUGAGCAUCAGCUUUACCAGGAGCGCGAGAGAAAGUUCUGCGAGGAGGAGCAGCGCCAGCAGGAAAGGGAAGAACAGCUGCGCCGCCAGGAGCGCGACACGCAGUUCCGCGAGGAGGAGCAGCUCCUGCAGGAAAGGGAAGAACAGCUGCGCCGUCAGGAGCGCGACAGGCAGUUCCGCGAGGAGGAGCAGCUCCUGCAGGAAAGGGAAGAACAGCUGCGCCGUCAGGAGCGCGACAGGCAGUUCCGCGAGGAGGAGCAGCUCCUGCAGGAAAGGGAAGAACAGCUGCGCCGCCAGGAGCGCGACAGGCAGUUCCGCGAGGAAGAACAGCUCCUGCAGGAAAGGGAAGAACAGCUGUGCCGCAGGGAACGUGAGCAACAACUUCGCCAGGAGCGCGAGAGAAAGUUCCGCGAGGAGGAGCAGCGCCUGCAGGAAAGGGAAGAACAGCUGCGCCGCCAGGAGCGCGACAGGAAGUUCCAUGAGGAGGAGCAGCUCCUGCAGGAAAGGGAAGAACAGCUGCGCCGCAGGGAACGUGAGCAACAGCUUCGCCAGGAGGGCGACAGGCAGUUCCGCGAGGAGGAGCAGCUCCUGCAGGAAAGGGAAGAACAGCUGCGCCGCCAGGAGCGCGACAGGAAGUUCCGCGAGGAGGAGCAGCUCCUGCAGGAAAGGGAAGAACAGCUGCGCCGCCAGGAGCGUGACAGAAAGUUCCGCGAGGAGGAGCAGCUCCUGCAGGAAAGGGAAGAACAGCUGCGCCGCCAGGAGCGUGACAGAAAGUUCCAACAGGAAGAACAGCUCCUGCAGGAAAGGGAAGAACAGCUGUGCCGCAGGGAACGUGAGCAACAACUUCGCCAGGAGCGCGAGAGAAAGUUCCGCGAGGAGGAGCAGCGCCUGCAGGAAAGGGAAGAACAGCUGCGCCGCCAGGAGCGCGACAGGCAGUUCCGCGAGGAGGAGCAGCUCCUGCAGGAAAGGGAAGAACAGCUGCGCCGCAGGGAACGUGAGAAACAGCUUCGCCAGGAGCGCGACAGGCAGUUCCGCGAGGAGGAGCAGCUCCUGCAGGAAAGGGAAGAACAGCUGCGCCGCCAGGAGCGCGACAGGAAGUUCCGCGAGGAGGAGCAGCUCCUGCAGCAAAGGGAAGAACAGCUGCGCCGCCAGGAGCGUGACAGGAAGCUCCGCGAGGAGGAACAGCAGCUUCGCCGGAUGGAACGUGAGCAACAGCUUCGCCAGCAGCGCAACAGAAAGUUCCGCGAGGAGGAGCAGCUCCUGCAGGAAAGGGAAGAACAGCUGCGCCGCCAGCAGGAGGAGGAGAAGAGGCGGCGCGGUGUCUGGGAGGACCGAGAGAAGGGCAGUCAGCAGGCUCUGGAGCCGGGCAAGCGUCAGUUUGCCAGUGUCCCGGUGCGCUCCAGCCCUCUGUAUGAGUACAUCCAAGAGCAGAGAUCACAGUACCGCCCAUAAGAGAUGCUGCCAAUAUCCGGACACCUGCCAAAGCUUCCAGCAAAGGAAAACGAGAAACACUGGAUACCAAAUGACUCAAAUGUUUCUGGUUGUGGGAGAACUUUCUGAUGUUCCAAAAUCUUUUUUU